AUGUCGCGGGAUCCUCGAGCCCUACUGAUGGUAAUACCAUUACUAUUUGGUUGUCUCGUGUUGGCUGUCGGGAAUUCUAAAAUCAAGGGUCGGACUAUUCCGGAUGCCACAUAUGUUUGGGGGAUCGCAGGAAAUCCAACGGCUCUAGAAUGCGAGGUGCUGGGAUCUGUUGCUAACUUUGGGUGGCGAAAAAUCGAAGGGCAACCGACAAGCGAGGAGAACUUGAGGGAAAUCACCGAAACUUGGCGCUACAACAAGACGUAUUCAAGAACGAGUCUAUAUUUUUCAAACUUCUCAUGGAGAGACGAAGGAACUUACGAAUGCUGGGCAAAUGAUGACGAAAACUUGACAACAAGCAAUGACAUUAAACUUUCUGUUGAUUGGAAGGUGGAAUACGUACAGUUGCCUCUCGUUGCUUUGGAUGCGAAUAGGAUUUGUGUGAGAUGGGAGAUGUUGCGUCUUAUAAAUAACAAUUUGGUUCCGUCGCUUCGCAUUGAAUCCCAGGAAAACGAUUCACGCGGAUGGCAUGAUGGGUAUCAGACGUCCACUGAGUUCCUCAACGGUAUUUUUAUUGCAAGAGGAUUAAAACAAGACACAGACUACUGGUUCAAAUUUAUUUGGAAAAUGCAAGAUUCAGAUAUUAUUGUUACUUUUUCCGGACGAACAAAGACUCUAAAGAGAAAUACAGAACCUCUAUACCUUCCAAUCGUUUCGGCUAGAAAAACGUCUGUCGAUUCAAUAACGAUUGAAUGGACAAAGCCACCUCUGAAAGUGGAAGAUUGCUUCAAGGGGUACAUAGUUGAAAUAUACGAGUCAAACAGCAAAGGAAAUUUCAUAUUCAAGUACUCAGUAACCACUAUAAACACCUAUAGAAAAUUUGAGAAUCUGAGAACUUCAGCCACUUAUACAUUCGUAUUACGUUCAUGCAGCGAUUCUUCGUGUCAACAAUACCUUGGCGAGAGUUUCUGGUUGAAAGAUAUCGUCCCGAAAGACAGGGAUCCGAAAUUCACCCCGAAUGUUUCGAUAGUCGAAACGGGCGUCGCUUCAGCAACGAUUGCGUGGGACUCACCACCGGCGAACUUGGAAGACCGCAUUUAUUACUACAAAUUAGCGUUGCACAACGAAGACUUCCAUAAGGAACUGUACGUAAACAAGACUGAGAAUUCUCACACAUUCGAAAAUCUACCGCCGAACACGACUCAUCGAUUCAAAGUAGCGGCCUGCAGCGAUUACAAAACGCAAUGCGGUAAUUGGAGCGAGGAACGAAAAGCGUUUACACAAAUUACAGAUUCCAGAAGUGGGAUAGAAGAUGAAAUAUGGCUGAUCACGGGAGCAAUAGCUGUUCUACUCGUCAUCGUCGUUGGAACGCUGCUGGCUCGGAACUAUCGCAGAAAGACACUGAAGCGAAAAAUGAUAAAAGCAAGAUUGGAGUACUUCAAUUUCGGGGCCCAGAUUUCUCUUGAUCCAGAAUUGGCUGUGAGCGAUCAGGCCGAGUUACUGCCGUAUAACAAGAAAUGGGAAUUUCCACGGGAUCUUCUGAAACUCGACGAAGUACUAGGAAGUGGUGCGUUCGGCGUUGUGAGAAUGGGACAUGCGAAAACGAUUUCCUCACGCGAGACAGUCACGACAGUUGCCGUCAAGACGGUCCGACCGACGGCCAACCUGAAGUGCAUGAAGGCCCUUUAUCGCGAACUCAAGAUUCUCGUCUACCUGGGUCAACAUCUGAACAUCGUCAACCUUCUCGGCGCGUGUACCAAAAAUAUUGAUUUGGGAGAACUCUUGGUCAUCGUCGAAUACUGCCGAUACGGGAAUUUGCACGACUACUUGAUACGACGCAGAGUCAACGUUGUCAAUCAAUUGAACAGUUCCGGAGAAAAAAUCAGCGUUUUGACUGCCUGUGAAGACGCGAUGAAUAUCGAUGACGUUGGUAUCAACACGGAUAGAGAUUCCGACGGUAAUUCAGAAAUAAUCAACUGCCCGAGUGACGUUGCUUCCACGACUACGGAUGCGAGAGUAGAAGAGUGUUCCUCUAAUGAUAUUUCAACGGAACUCACCGCGCCAUUGAAGUAUCCAGGUGAUCAGACAGACUUCAACUCAAGGCCGAUGUGCACGUCCGACUUGGUGUGUUGGGCUUGGCAGGUCUCGUGUGGCAUGCAGUACAUCAGCGAGAAAAGAAUAAUACACGGUGACUUGGCAACGAGAAAUAUGCUUCUAACCGACGACAACGUGGUGAAGAUCUGUGACUUUGGUUUGUCCAAGUCUCUCAGGGAAGAAGAGAAUCAGACGAGCACGGAAAACGGUCCUCUUCCCGUCAAGUGGAUGGCCAUCGAGUCGCUCAGAGAUCGAGUAUUUUCCACCAAAUCGGACGUCUGGUCUUUCGGGGUGGUUUUGUGGGAACUGUUCUCCUUAGCGAGAACUCCUUACCCCCUGAUAAGACCCGAGGAUAUGUGCCAAACACUGGCCGAAGGUUAUCGUAUGGAGAAACCGCAAUACGCGUCAAGAAGCAUUUACCAAAUGAUGCUUCGUUGCUGGAAAGCGGAGCCAUCGGAACGACCAUCGUUCGAAAGGCUGAAGAUCGACAUUUCCGAGUUAAUUGAAGAGCAUGUGAAAACGUUUUACCUAGAUUUGGGCAAUCCGUACACCAGGAUUUACGCGGAUAUCUGGAAACGCGACAGAGAGACUCCGGCAAGUGCGGAAGAAUCGGGCGCCCUCCGAGAAGAUUCGUGAUAAAAUCAUUCCGGUCAACGUAUUUAAUG